GCCAACCUGGAGCGGCAGAUCUACGCCUUCGAGGGCAGCUACCUGGAGGACACGCAGAUGUACGGGAACAUCAUCCGCGGCUGGGACCGCUACCUCACCAACCAGAAGAACUCCAACAGCAAAAACGACCGCAGGAACCGCAAGUUCAAGGAGGCUGAGAGGCUUUUCAGCAAGUCCUCGGUCACCUCGGCAGCGGCGGUCAGUGCAUUAGCUGGAGUUCAGGACCAGCUCAUUGAGAAGCGGGAGCCAGGUAGUGGCACAGAAAGUGACACUUCUCCAGACUUUCAUAAUCAGGAGAAUGAGCCCAACCAGGAGGAUGCUGAAGAGCUGGAUGGGUCUGUGCAAGGGGUGAAACCCCAGAAGGCUGCUUCUUCUACUUCUUCUGGGAGCCACCACAGCAGCCACAAAAAACGGAAGAAUAAAAAUCGACACAGCCCGUCUGGCAUGUUUGAUUAUGACUUUGAGAUUGAUCUCAAGUUAAACAAAAAGCCAAGAGCCGACUACUAGACUCAUCAGUGCUGAUGCUUCUGGGAUUUAGGUCUACAUGAAUCCCCACUGAGAAAAAUGCCAGUCGACUGAAUGAGCACGAUGGCAGCUCUCUGGCCAAGUAUCUGCAGAUGGGAGUGGCUCACUCUAAAGAACUUAGAUGGGGGGAGAAAAUCUUGGACCAUGUACUUUGCAUCAUUUUUAAAUCACCUGAGUUGCAGGAAGACUAAGGUGUAGUAGUAGUAGUAGUCCUGAAUUCCUGACUAUUCCGUGCUUCCACCUCAGUUGAGAACGCUCUAAAAUUGGCUGAUCUUGCUGCUGCCACCCCUGUCAUCUGCAAACCCACGGAGAGGUAUUUCUUUUUCCACUGGAACUGGGGUAUGAUUCAGUAUGUCCCAUCCAUGUUGUAGGACUUAGAUUACUUUUGUUGCUGAUACUUAGCUUUGUAGUUUUGUUUGUUUUGUUUUUGUUGUUUUUUAAACCAAAGUGUAUAGUUAAACAAAUUGACUUUUGGUUUCUUUGUUUUAAUCCAUGUAGAAUGGAAGGUUCUUCAUUUUGUGGAACAGCUCAUUUUGAUUCUUACUCAAGCAGAGAAGGUGGUGGUUAACCCUUUUCUCUAACUUUAAUUUUAAACACCAUCCCCUAAAAUUUAUGCAGUGCUUUUAGAUGCAGGGAAGGCUGGAGCGCAAAGCUGUCUUGCUCUUUGCUAUCUUUGAGGUUGGGUGGAUUCUCUUUUUAAUACAAACUUCUGUCAUUUGUACAUAAACAAUAAAGUUACAUGUUUGUCUCUUCUCAUGUUUUUUUCAGUCCAAAA